AUGGCCUUCAAUCCUUGCGCAACCAGCCAAUAUGGCUUCUUGGGAGAACUCAACAACGACAACCGCUCGGAACCUCUGCAAGACCGCGAAGAAGCCCGUUACCUGAUUGUACAACUCAGCGAAACGGUCAAUAUCGCCGCAUGCAUGCUCGAGAGCUACCAAUGUGCCAGCAUCUUGUGCUUCAACACAAACGCUUUUACGAACGGUCCUUUACCGAUAUAUCCCACGACGUGCGCAAAAUUGGCCAGCACAUACGAUGCUCUCACGGUGCUUCCACUUCACAACGUCUUCGUUGCGCAGAUCGGCAGCCAUAAGACGCUACUCGAUGCCGCUAUGUCGUUCGGACCGUUGCUCUCCCCCGAUGCUGCCGGGCCUUUAUCUAAGCCUGUGCUGCAGGGCUCGCAAGGCACCAUCAUGGUAAAUGUGCCCACAGACGCAGAACUACGGUUCCUAAACUCUGUGUCCGAGAAGCUGAUCGAAAUGAAACUCGGCCUUGCUGGAUACCGCGGUUGGACGUCAGUUCUUCGGGAUGUGAGGAUGUUCUUGGGUCUCCCUCCAGAGAUCGAGAUCUAG